AUGGCAUCCAUGAUGGAUGGACCUAAGAAAGAUGAAGCUAGGCUAAUAGUGGUGGAACAGAAAAAAGAACCAGCCUAUUGUAUGUUAAUAGAAGAGGGUGAGGAAAAGAAUGGUGAAGGUGAAUGGUAUUUAGACAUCUUACAAUACCUCAAGGAUAGGACAUACCCACCAUCUGCAGACAAAAAUGACCAAAUGACCAUCAGGAGGUUGUCUACUAAUUACAUUAUUUGUGGUGAAAGGCUUUAUAAAAGAUCAUAUGAUGGAAUUCAUCUCCUUUAUGUAACUACUAAGGAAGCACAACAGAUACUUGAAGAGGUUCAUAUGAUUAUCUCUGACAAUGGGCUGCAUUUUAAGGGAGAAACAGAGAAGUUGUUAUGA